CUCAACGAUGGAAAAUAUGAAAAUCAAUAUCGAUUUCCUUUAUCGACUUUCAUCGUGGAUCUGGAUUUUCUGAAUCGUUCAUUCAUCACUAGUGGUAGUGGAUGUUUUGUUUGAGAGUUCAAUUUCUUCAAUUUGACGAUUUUUAAGAUUGAGAUGAUUCAUUCGGAUUCGUAUUGAACCUUGUUUUAUUUUUAAUUUUAUUAUUGUAAUAAUUUAAUACUAUGGAUUCGUCACGCAGAAGUAACACAGAUGAACAACGGUGUAUAAUGGGCCUUCAAGAUUUAAAACUCUCCAAUAAAGUUGAAGAUGUAACUGAGCAAGCGCACGGCGCCGUAACAUCGAACACAAGUUCUCUGGCCAAAACCCGACCUGUGGGAGCAAUAGAGAGCUUUGUAUUGGAUAAUGGCCAAAACAAUCGUCAAGAUUACAGCUUUUACGAGAGAUCGAAUGUUAUAGCUGCUUCAAAGUUUGCUACCCCUAAACGAGUUGAAACUAUUGCGUCGAUCAAUAAACGCGAUAUAAACACUGCAGCUCUGCCAUCCAGUCCUACACGUUCCAUUGAUUCUAUAUCGCAAAGAUCACUCAGUUAUCAAACUGACGACUUGUACGAGAUCCCGGCAAUUCCAAAUGCUCACUACCCACCACCAGUUUAUGAAAACAUAGAUUAUUACGGUGAGCAGCGGUCACCUCAACCCCCGUACUAUCAUCAGUUGUACGGGCAGGCGCCACCUCCGCCAGUGUCUGACGGAUAUUACGAUACACGUUAUAGUAAAGCUCAACCACAAGUGCCAGUUAAUUCCAAGACUACUAAACCCAAUCCACUAGUGUAUGAAAAUAUGUUGUGUUCUGAUAAUGAUAAAAAAAGUGAAUUCAAACCCCAACAAAACCAUGACCAGCGUUUUAUACAGCAGGGAUCAGUCCCUGGUCCUCAAGUACCCAACACUGGAGCCAUUAGGAGUAUGGCACAAAUAUUAACAAGUGACAAAAUAAAAAUAGAUAAAGCUCCACCACCUCCCCCAUACAACACAUCUCAAGAUAAUCCAGGUAGUGACUACACAGUGAUGAAGUCUGCCCCUCCCAAGUACACUGACGUGAGUGCACUGCUAAAGAGUGAUAAUACUAUUAGUUUUGAUGAUAAAGUGGUGACUAUACCAUCAACAGCAAUAUAUGCAUCUAUAGCUCCAAGUGCACAAAGACCCAAAGCUAAUAUUGCUACUGAAGUACAAACUGCAACAGCAAGUCCUAAAUUCUUUCAUCCAAAGCCAAAUAUUGGCAAUAGCAUUGGGAAAGAGAAACCUUUAAUCAAUGGAGGCUAUAGUGCAAAGCCACAAGUUGGUAGUAGAAUGCAGAUAGUAGAAGAUACCAAUGGUUCAGACUAUGUGUGCAUGACUGGUGGCUCCCCAGCAGCAGUAGUGGCAGCUGCUAACAGGGACAAUGUCUCCCUGGCCUCAGAGUCUAUUACUUCUAGAAAUUUGGUAUCAGGUCUUACAUCUCUCUGUUCCCCGGCUCAAUCCCCUGCACCCAGUCCAACUCCAAGCUCGGUCUCUCAAGUGUCAGGUGGUUCUCGUGGCUCUGGUGGUCGGGGCAAAAGCUUAUUGCCUUACAGCAUCACACCACCCCGUCCUCCAGGCCCCAGUGAGGCGCAACGUAAAAUAGAAGAACUCACUAGGCAACUUGAAGAAGAAAUGGAGAGGCAAGAUGAGGAGGGUGAAUACUUUGGUAUUUGCCAUACAUGUGGUGCUGGAGUCACAGGGGCAGGCCAGGCCUGUCAAGCCAUGGGCAACCUCUAUCACACAAAUUGUUUCAUCUGUUGCUCAUGUGGUCGUGCAUUACGAGGAAAAGCUUUCUACAAUGUGCAUGGGAAGGUUUACUGUGAAGAAGACUAUUUGUACUCUGGAUUUCAACAAACUGCCGAGAAGUGUGCAAUAUGUGGACAUUUGAUUAUGGAAAUGAUUUUACAAGCUAUGGGCAAAUCCUACCACCCAGGUUGUUUCCGUUGCUGUGUUUGCAAUGAAUGCCUUGAUGGAGUGCCAUUCACAGUGGAUGUUGACAACAAGAUAUACUGUGUCAAUGAUUAUCAUCGCAUGUUUGCUCCUAAAUGUGCUAGCUGUGGAAAAGGUAUAACACCAGUUGAAGGCACAGAUGAAACAGUGAGGGUUGUGUCAAUGGACCGGGACUUUCAUGUUGACUGCUACAUGUGCUGUGUUUGUGGAAUGCAACUGACUGAUGAACCUGACAAACGCUGCUAUCCUUUAGCUGGUAAAUUAAUGUGUCGUGCUUGUCAUUUGGCCACGAUCGGAGCAGCGUCGGGGCCAGGCCUCUCGCCAGCGCCUCAUCUCUCCCCUGCUUCAUACCAGUACAUGGGUUGAACUUCACUUGUUUGGCUGCGUCUAGUGUUAAAACAAUUCUAUUACAUCAAAAUAAGCAGUUGGCAGGCUAAUAUUUCUAUUAUAAAAUUAUGUGCUCAAAAAUGAUUUAUAUAGUUCAUGUUGCACCUAUUAGAAUUUAUUGUAAUUAGCUUUAAUAACCUGUAACCUAAGUUAUGAAGAUCAAGCAAAACAUUUAAACUGUGUCGUUACUAUUUAUAAGAAUAAUAAUUCAAAAUGACGUGUUCUACGUAAAUGUCAUGAUAUCGAAACCUAUCUAUUGAUAAGCAUAUAAAAAGGGUAGAAUGAUUCUGCUUAGGUAUUUUAAUGAUAGUAAAAUGUAUGGAUGUUUUAUGAGGAACUGUAUUUCAUAGCAGCAAAUAGAAUAAAUAAAGUUAAUAAUGAUAAUUGUGAUUUGCUAUAGCCAAGAAAGUUUUUUGCCUAUUAUUAUUUGUGAUAUCCAAUGUUUUGACUGAUGCAAUUUCAGUUAUCAAAGGAAUUGAAUUUUACUAUGUGACAUGAUAAAACUGAUUAUGGAAUUGGUUUAAAGUUAAGCUUAUGAUUGUUAAUGUAUUUGACACAUUUGUACUAGAAAUAUAUAUUAAAACCCGCAAGUAUUAUGGCUGCUACUGCUAGUUGAUUUGCCAUUGAUGUGAAAUGCAUUUAUUAUUUUUACACACUAGACAGGACAGCACUCCUGGUUGGUGUGUAUACUACUAAAUAUUUAAAAGUAUAAGGGUUAUAGGCUCUGUACUUUUUAUGAGUAAAUAAUUGUUUUUGGUCACAAUUUUAGAAAUAUUACAGAUAGGAGGCGCAAUAAAACAUUCCAGUAAUGUGCUGUCUUGUUUUGUACUUAAUAUAAUUAGGUUAAACCAUUUUAUAUGUACAUUUUGAUGAAAAAUAAUGUGAUUAUUAUUUGUAACUAGUGAUUAUGAAAUAAACAUGAUUUUGUUAUGUAGUUCUUUUUAUAAUAAAAUAAGUAAUAAAUAUUAUAAAAUUAUAACUUUGUAUAAUUUUAAUUAGUCAUUAUUAUUCUAGUUCUUAUCCAUUUUAUGGUAUUUUCAUAAUUCAUGUUGGUUGACUGUUACUAGAAAACCUUUAGAAUUAACAUUGGAAGAUUUUUAUAUGGUAUUUUCAAGUUUUAUAGUUUCUUCACCUUAUUUUUUUUCAUAUUCCGCAUUUCAGUUUUGUAUCGUUUCAUCUCCUGCAUGACUUGAGUGCGUUUUUCUUUCAUUUGUGCUUGAUAAUGAGUUUUACUCUCAUUGAAACGAUCUUGCAGUGUAUCUUUCUUUUCUUGAAUUAUUUCUUUUAUUCUUUCUUUUGAAGGUACUGGUUUGAGGUAACCCAAUUGUUUCAUUUUGUUAAUGGCAACUGUAGUCCCUCCUAGAAAAUCAGUAAAAUGUUAAUUACAUUUUCAUUUAUUUAUUGCUCACAUUAACUUUUUAACACUGUUUUUGGAAAAGUAAUAAUCAUCUCAAGAUAGGUACUACCUAAAUUUUAUUGAAUACAAAAUAAAAUGAAUCUGAAACUGUGCUAAUCAUGAUAGCUUUGCUCUAUCAAUAUCUCAUAAUGCUGAAAAAGGGAGCUUUUUCAUGUAAUUUGGUAUACCAGAUAUACCAAAUUACUACAUAUACUGACUAGGAUGAUUAAUAUAUCAUCAUAUCAGUUAGAUUUCACACAUAGUUCUUUAAUGAAAUUGCUAAUUUAUACUAAUAGUUGUAAUAUAUCAUUGGUUUAGAACUUAUUAUAGAUAACAUAAAACAAUUAAAAUAAAUUAUUUGCAUCUUAGAAAAUAGGAAGCAAGUCUUAAUACCUUUAUAUGGUAAUUUUUUUAUAGUA